GCUUUCUGCCUCUAUCUCACUCUCUCUUUCUCGCUCUCUCUCUCUCUCUCUCUCUCUCUCUCUCUCUCUAUCUCUCUCUUUCUCAAACACCUGCGCAGAGCCGGUGAAUCACGCCGAAGCCGCUUCGCUUCCCAACAUCUCAUCGCUCUGACAUUCAGAUCGCCUCCAUUUUAACCAGAAGCUUCUCCGCAGUGAAAAGAGGACUCCGUUCCCAUCGUCUGCACUUGAUGAAUAUUUCACCAGCUCUUCCCCUCCGUGUGGUGUAAGAAAAGCAGACUGCGUGGAUUGGAUGCGUGUCUCUUUUGUUUCCUGAGGGUGCAAUGAUGCUGAAGUGAUGCUGCGUCGCUCUUCCCACCCGCUGUAGAGCAACAUCAUCAACAGCAUCAGCACCAGCACCGGUAUGGCACUGAUCGAGCUGCCCAACGUUAGACAUUUGGACUAACAAAAUCACCGGGCUGUCCGAAUUUGAAGUGUUUCUAACGCCGUUCCGGAUCGUACUGAAGUUGACGGGUUGAAGAGAGCGGCCGGUGCCUGAAAGCAGACGAAGGCACAAAUGAAAUUCUGUGACGAAGAAUAAGACUCUGGAGGAGACGCUGUUAACGCACAUAAUUACACUUGUUCCACUCCUACCUAAAGCCACACACACACACAGAUGGCACUCGACAACACAGGGUUCUCCACGUGCCCUGAAUCCCUGUCGCUCCCGGUCCCAGAGAAAGGGGAGGAGCCUGCGGAGGAGGCUCCAAAGGAUGCUCCACCCACUAGUGAAGAGAACCCAUCCGAGGAGCUGGGACACGUGGUAACAACAGAUACGGCUCCGCCUCCACAGCCCACAACCAAUAACCACAUGUCCUUCCAGGACAAGAUGGCUGCGAGGGAGGCACAAGCCAAUCAGCCCCGAAAGAAACUUCAGGGGGCGGGGCAAGAGAGGGGCAGGUUUGGCUGGGGACGCAGCAAGCGUAGGAGGCAGCGUUACGUGGAGAAGAACGGUCGCUGUAACGUACAGCACGGGAACAUGAGGAAGACAUACCGUUACCUGACGGACAUCUUCACCACGCUGGUGGAUCUGAACUGGCGUUGCUCUCUCCUCGUCUUCGUCAUGGCGUAUGCGGUGACCUGGCUCUUCUUUGGAGCAAUAUGGUACCUCAUUGCAUACUGCAGGGGUGAUCUGGAUCAUUUAGAGGACGAGUCGUGGACGCCGUGCGUGAAUAAUGUUAAUGGAUUCGUCUCUGCCUUUCUUUUCUCCAUCGAGACGGAGACAACCAUUGGUUACGGUCACCGGGUUAUUACAGAUCAGUGUCCAGUUGGCACCAUGUUACUCCUGCUGCAGGCUAUACUGGGAUCUAUGGUCAAUGCUUUUAUGGUUGGAUGCAUGUUUGUGAAGAUCUCACAGCCAAACAAGCGUGCCGAGACGUUGGUGUUUUCCCGUAACUCUGUCAUCUCGCAGAGGGAUGAUAAGCUCUGCCUGAUGUUCAGAGUGGGGGACUUAAGAUCUUCCCAUAUCGUGGGUGCCAACAUGAGAGCCAAACUUAUCAAAUCCAAACAGACACAAGAGGGUGAAUUUAUUCCUUUGGAUCAGACAGACAUCAGCGUGGGUUUCGAGACGGGAGACGAUCGUCUGUUUCUCGUGUCUCCACUUGUGAUCUCUCAUGAGAUUGAUGUCCGCUCUCCGUUCUGGGACAUGUCACAAUCGCAGCUGGAGAAAGAGGACUUUGAGAUCGUUGUCAUCCUGGAAGGGAUGGUGGAGGCCACAGGAAUGACGUGUCAGGCGCGGAGCUCUUACCUGGCUGAGGAGCUGUUAUGGGGUCACAGGUUCAGCCCUAUGAUGUCACUCGCUGAUGGAUUUUUUGACGUGGACUACGGAGCCUUUCAUCACACGUUUGAGGUGAAUACACCCUCGUGCUCGGCGAGAGAGUUGGCAUUGGCCGCAGCUCGCUUGGAUGCUCAUCUCUAUUGGUCGAUUUCCAGUCGUCUGGACGAAGAGAAAUGGGAGGGGCCAAAUCUGACUGAGCAAACGGAAAAGUCCAAUGAUUCCGAAUCUGUAAGGGAGGGGGAUGGGCCCACGUUUAUUGUGGGUGGAGUUUCAAAUACGCAGGACCAAUCAAUCGUAGGGGAGCAGAACGGCAGUGUCACGACUGACCAGUCAGAGUCUGAGGCUUAAACGGAUACAAGAAUGUACCGAGGUAUGGAAAAUUUUGUGUCAAUUUAACUUCGAUUGGAUUGUCAAGCGGUCCGAGCUUUCUUCUUCAAGUUAGGUUUUUAAAUGUAUAGUCGCUGAUGCCUAGCAUAGAAUACUUUCCCCAAAGGGGAAAUACUUGUGUCUCAACUUGUGUUUAAACUCGUGAUGUUAAAAACGACACUGGCUUUUCUUUCACACAUCAGCUCUGUUCCAAACUCUUGAGGACUGCUGUCUACGUAGUAAGCUACCUUAGGUAUCAUAUUUUUUAAAACCUCAAGUGAUUGAUUUGCAACGCAGCGACUCACAACAAUAGUGCUUCUCACAUUUGGCCACAUUCAUUGUCAGUAUUAAAUCAAAUAUAGUAUAUUUAUACAGAUUAUUUUUCAGAUUUUUGUCAACACUUUUUUUCUUAACUUCAUUGCAGUGUAUUCUGGGAUUGCUUCAUUUCUAGUGUUUGGACAAAAUAGGAAGCACAAAGGUGAUGCCAUAUGUUCUGGACUGGAACAGACAUCUCUAUGUGUGCCUAUGAAGCCUUAAAAUGCUGUCUAGGUAGGCAGCUUACUAGGAUGUGGAACUGAGCUAUAUGUCUGAUUUUAUGUACCAAUCAUAUAAGUAAUCUAUCAGUUUUAAAGGAAUAGUUCAGUCAAACAUAACAAAUUUCCCAAAAUUCCUUUCACCCUUAUGCCAUCCCAUAUGCCUUCUAAACUUUAAGCUAAAUUGCAUGUGUUGUGACUAGUUGUCGUAUAAUGUUUUGCCACGAAACAUGAAAGAACCAAGAAUUUUAUGUUAUCAACAUGUCACUAUAUAGUUUUGGUUUCAACUUGGCUAAAUAAUCAUAAAAUCGGAAUAUUCAAUGAUGAAUGUAGCAUGUGUGUUUUUUUGAGGCUUGAACAUUUUGAGUCCCAAAUUGGAAGAUCAAAUUAUGUCAUAUUUACUAUUUUAGUGUUCAACUAAAAAAGGUUUCCAUUUUCAUUUGGAAUGGCACGAGGAUGAGUAAUCAUAUAAGGAAUUUUCAUUUUGGUGUGCACUAUUCCUUUAAAUGUUUCUAAUGUCUUUCUUCAGCCAGUGAAGUUUUGACAGAUCUGGCAAACCAGUACUAUUUUUAAAACAAUCUUUUCGAACACGUCUGCGCACGUUGUUCACAGUCACGUUGGUAAGACUCACAUGUACCUGGAAAAAGACGUGAACUUGUUACUAUGGUUACAAUGCAUUCCAAUUUGCACAAUCACAGCACAGUUUAGCAUUAGCUUUUUGAAAGUUCGGCAGUGUUAAAAUUAGCACUGUCCUCAUGACUGCGUUUUACUGCGACUGCAUCAUGUUGGGGAUCUAAAUAAUAAAGAAAAAUCCCCAACAAUGAAAGUCAACGCAUCUUUCCAACUUUCAAAUGAAGUUGAUAUGGAAAUGACCUCAUCAUCAUGUGAUCGUUGAACCUUUUGCACCAUAUUCGAUUGAAUACAAAUACACGUUUAUAUUCUUUGUUUAUUUUGUUUACUUUGAUUUAACGUUUCCAGAGCAACAAUGCAAUUGCUCAUUGGUCUGUGACGGUUGAAGAUGAGCUGGUUUCAGUCUAUUGGCCUUAGGUGAAUAAAUUGGUGACAAUUUCCAACAGCCAAAAGAAUAGUUUAAGUGUUAUUGCAUGCGUUAUUAUUGAACUAUAUACUAUAUUUAAUAGCAAAUCUGUUUAAAGAUAAUUAGACCUUACGUUUGCUGAAUAUUACAAACUUUUCUUGGAUUAAGGACCAUUUUUGAGUUAUCUUUGACAUUUGAAUAAAUCAUUAAAAUAGGAGAGACAGUACUUUGAGGUCAUAGGCCGCUGUUUAUAUUUGUUUAUGAUGGUCUGUUUGAAACCAAAACAGUUGAACACAAAUGUGUAAAUAUAAUUUAUUCAAAUUACAUCUCGUUUUAUGUAAGUUUCCUCUGUGACAAUCCUACAUUUAAUACUGUUUUUUCCAUUCCUAUUCCAACUUUAAUCUGAUGAAACCAGACUUAUCCUGGAUCGGUGACAUAUUCAAUUCACGUCAACUAACACGAAAUCGACUGAAAACCUGUGAUCGGCAGUUUGACACCUAUUGUAAAGACACCUUCAUGGGCGAUGUGUAAGCACCAGUGUGUGUUUUUGUAAUUCAGUUGUGUAUUUCAGUAGUGUGUGUGUUGAAAAAACAAUCAGUCUGGACCCUUACAGCAUGUCACUUUGAAAUUUUAAAUCAUUGUGAUUUUGAUCUAGUCAUUUCAUAAGAAAAACUUCUGGGAGUUUAAACUAAAUUUAGAAACAUCCGAAAAUGAAUCGACUCUCAUUAUAACUAUUUUUAGGCCAUGAGGAGCUCUUUGUGUUCCCCCGUAGUCUUUUACUUUGUGUCGUCGUGUCUGUGGUUUGUCUUUAGCACAUAUGAAAAGCACAAACUUUGCUCAUAUGCAGGUUUUCUCAUAUUGCUUUUGCUGCUGUUGACAUUUUUUAAAUCUGUCUUUUACGCUUUUUCUGUAUAAUAAUAAUAAUAAUAAAACUAUAUUCAUCCUAA